AUGGAAAUACUUGGAUUUGAAUCAGCCCCCUAGUCAAAGCUGAAUAAUAUUCUACCUAGAUUUAGUUGUUCUGGUGCUACUGCAUUUAGAGAUGCAGUUGUUAAAGGAAAUUAGUUAAUGUAAUAACUUUUAGAUCUCUUCUGCAAAAAGGGUGCACAUGACAAAUUCAAAUUUGUUCAUGUGGUACUCACUGAUGGAGAGGAUAAUAGGUCUUAAAUCAGUCUAUAAGAAUUUCUCGCGUAUUAGGUCCGUCUCAAAAAUGAACUUCCUGAAAAUAUUCUCUAAACCUUUUACAUAGGUGUGAAUGUUGAAAACAAUCAAACAGUGUAAUAGGAGAUGCGAGCAAUUUUACAAUGCAGUGGAAAGUCAGCAUAAUAUUUUCCCAUUCACAGCAAUGGAAUUAAUGAAAUCUUUUAAAAGAUUUAGAUGUAGAUUGGUCUUAGAGUAUAAUAAAAGGGAAUAAUUAUUGAGAGCAAUCAAUAAUCUAUUGCCUUUAUGUAAAAGUAGCUAUAGCCUGUGUUGUAAAUGAAAGUGAAUAAUUAUAUUGUUCUUUUCACCCUUGACAUUUCUGGCUCUAUGUAAGGAAAUUGGGGUAAGGUUUGCAAUGCAGUUAGUGGAUUUCUGGGAAACCUUGGAUCCAAUGACUUAGUUUCAGGAAUUGUCUUUAAUGAUAAGGUAGAGGUCGUGACUUAAUUGACUGCACAGCCUUAAAAGCCUGUUCAAUCUUAAUAAUAUUAUAACUAAAAUCAAUAAUAAGUUAGUAAUAGAAGAGAUGAUGAGGUAUACUAGAAUUUUUGAUUUUUAUAACCAUUUGCAUCUAUAAAAUAUUAAAGUCAAGUUAAAA